CACCCGUCCCUUCCCUUGGCUGUGCCUCUUCUCCAUGUCUCCCAGGGUCAUUCCCACGUACUAUUACAGAUUGACUCUGUCCACUGAGUGUGGAGUCUGGAGGUAUGGAAGGCGAGGUACCGCUUGGUGGUUUGCAUUUGGGUUGGUGGCCCUGGGCGGCGUGGCGAGUGAGCGGCCCUGUCAUGGGAACUGAUCAGGGGUUGCAUCUCAGAGGCCUUUCCGUUGGUGUGGGAUCGCUCAGCCUUUGCUUCAGCCUGUUCUUCCAGCGGGACUUAGAGGGGGAGCUGAAAGCCAAUUCCUUUGCAUGUUGAGUAUCUGCUUGUCCACAGCGAAGUGGCUCAGCACCCUGGUGAGAUUUCUGGAGAGGCUGUUCACCAAAUGCAGCCAAGAAGGAAAGGAGCUGAAUAGACGUUCUGGGGGAAGCUUGUCCUGACAGGCCCACGAGAUGGACUUGCCACUGUCUGGAGGGGGAGGAGCAGCAGAAGGCCCCCCUGCCACUGAGCCCGAGGAGGGAGAGGCGCUCUGGCCAAGAGCCAGGUGGGAGACCCUCCCCGAGGAGCCCUUCAGCUUGGAGGCGCAGCGCUUCCACCAUUUCCGCUACCGGGAGUGCCAGGGGCCGCGGGGCGUCUGCAGCCGCCUGCAGCAGCUUUGCCAUGAGUGGCUGAAGCCCGAAAGGAGCACCAAAGCUCAGGUGGUGGACCUGGUGAUCCUGGAGCAGUUCCUGGCCGUGCUGCCGGCGGAGAUGGCGAGCUGGGUGCGGGAGUGCGGCGCAGAGAGCUGUUCCCAGGCGGUGGCCCUGGCCGAGGGCUUCCUGCUGAGCCAGGCGGAGGAGAGACGGCAGCGGAUGCAGGAUCCGUUGAGGAAGGUAAUCUUAGUACCUCCUGAAGGCAGGGAAGGUCUCCCUGGUCCCUCUUUGGAGCAGUUUUUGGGAAGGACCUCUGAGGAGGAUCCAACUCCUCUUUGUGAUGGAGCAGCAACAGCUCAGGGCUCGGUGUCCUUUGAGGAGGUGGCUGUGUAUUUCACGGAGGAGGAGUGGGCGCUGCUGGAUCCCAGCCAGAGAGCCUUACACGGGGAAGUCAUGCUGGAGAAUUCCAGGAAUGUGGCCACUCUGGGUUAUGAGCAGGAACAUGAGAACUACAAGGAGCCCAGCAUAGCACUAUUACAGAUGAUCAAGGCUGAAGAAGGGAUGCUUGGAAAUCAAGGGGCACUUCAAAAGACUAAGAAAAGCUGCAUAACAAGUGGAGAGAAGAAAUCGCCUUCUGGUCACAAUGAAGUCCUUGAACUCCCAACCCAGCAAGUGCAGCAACAAGAAGGAAGUGGAGAAUAUUUUGGAUGUGGCAAAACAGACAGAGAGACAUCUGUUUUCAGUAAAUACUCUACAACCCAGACUGAAGGGGAACAAUAUGAAUAUCAAGAGGAUGGGCAGAGUAUCAAUCCUACCUCCUAUCUUGCUUUACAUCACCAAUGGUACAUCAAAGAGGCACAAUAUACGUUUAUAAAUUGUGGGGAAAAUUUUACUUUGAACAGUCAUCUUAUUUGCCGUAAAGAGGAGGAACCGUAUGAGUGUGGUAACGGAUUCAGUAAGAAACAGUUACUUAUUUUACCCCCAAAAAAUGCCCCAAGGGAGAAACCCUAUAAAUGUCUACAGUGUGAGAAGACAUUUGCUCAGAGAGGUAACCUUAUCAUACAUGAAAGGAUCCACACAGGGGAGAAACCAUAUGUAUGCCUGGUGUGUGGAAGAAGAUUCAUUCAGAGCGGUCACCUUACGAGACAUCAGCGAUCCCACACGGGGGAAAAACCAUAUACAUGCCUGCAGUGUGGAAGGCAAUUCAGUGGACGUUCAAACCUUGUGAAGCAUGUAAGAAGCCACACGGAGGAGAAACCAUAUAUUUGUACAGAGUGUGGAAAGAGCUUCCGUGACAACAGUGUCCUCAUUUGCCAUAAAAGGAUCCACACAGGAGAAAAACCAUACAAAUGCCUGGAGUGCGGAAAGAACUUCAGGCGAAACUGUCACCUUGUGACGCAUAAAAGAUUUCACACAGGAGAGAAACCGUAUCAAUGCCUGGAGUGUGGAAAGAACUUCAGUCAGAAAAGUAACCUUUUGCAACAUAAAAGAAUUCACACAGGUGAGAAACCAUAUACGUGCCCGGAAUGUGGAAAGAGCUUCAAACAGAGCAGUCAAUUUAUUUGCCAUAAAAGGAUUCACACAGGAGAAAAACCAUAUAAAUGCACAGAGUGUGGAAAAAGCUUUGGUCACAAUGGUAGCCUUUUGCAGCAUAAAAGAAUUCACACAGGAGAGAAUCCAUACAAAUGCACAGAGUGUGGAAAAAGCUUCAAUCAGAACUAUAAACUUUUGCAACAUAAAAGAACUCACACAGGGGAGAAACCAUAUAAGUGCAAGGAAUGUGGAAAGAGUUUCAGUUGCAGCAGUGAUUUUAUUUGCCAUAAAAGGAUCCACACAGGGGAGAAACCAUAUAAAUGCCUGGUCUGUGGAAAGGGUUUUAAUAAAAGCAGUCGUCUUACAUCUCAUAAAAGAAAGCACACGGGAGAGAAACCAUAUAAAUGCACAGAGUGUGGAAAGAGAUUUUCUUAUAAGGAUGGCCUUACGAGACAUCAAAGAACGCACACUGGGGAGAAACCAUAUACAUGCCCAAUGUGUGGAAAGAAGUUCAGUGGUAGAUCAAGCCUUGUGAUGCAUGUAAGAAUCCACACGGGGGAAAAACCACAUAAAUGUACAGAGUGUGGAAAGAGCUUCCGUAAGGACAGUAACUUUAUUUGCCAUAAAAGGAUCCACACAGGAGAAAAACCAUACAAAUGCCUGGAGUGUGGAAAGAGCUUCACCCAGAAUGCUAACCUUAUCAAGCAUAAAAGAAUUCACACGGGAGAGAGACCAUACAAAUGCACAGAGUGUGGGAAAAGCUUCAGCCAGACAAAUCACCUUUCGGAACAUGAAAGAAUCCACACAAGAGAGAAACCGUAACUUGGGAGCUUUCAUCACAAAUGUUGUCUUCUCAAAAGGGGACCCUCGUGGGAAAAGCAAUAGAAAUAUAUGGACCGUGGAGUAAUGUUCUGUUGGAAGGGUAGCCUUAUCAGACCUAAAGGAAUCCAUACGGGAGAACCAUAAAAACACCUGAAGUGUGGAAGAAGAUUCAAAAGGGGCAGUACACUUAUUUCCCACAAGAGGUCUUAUUUUGGAAGAAAUACCUUGAGUAUGCAGAAACUCUGAAUAUCAGGACUGGCCCUUUUUUUGAAAGAAAACAAAAAUACGUGAAUUUGGAUGAGCUGUAUGGAUCAUAAAUGUGUGGAAUGUAGAAAGGGCUGAUCCAUGCUGGAAAAAGUAUAUAUUACGAAAUGGAGUGAGGAAACCUUUUUAAUGGGACAUGUCAUCUUAAAUCCCAGAAAAGUUCCACUCAGGAGAGAAAAUC